AUGGACCAACCGAGUGUGGACAAUGUCGCUACUCUAACGAAGAAAGUUUCUGCCUAUUCCAGCCAACUUGCAGUGGUCUUCCACAGUCAUGCGCUCUCUGCAGAGAAAAUCCCGCGUGGGUUCGAGGGCGCAAUUAACGUCCUCGAUGCCACAGUCGUAACUCUGAAUCAGGUCUUGAGCCUUCUCGCGUCCGAGGCUGAGGGCAUUAGGGAUGGGAUCAACAAGAGGAACUUCAGUCACCGGGGCCUCGAAUACGUUGAGCUUCUUGCAACGGAGUGUGCUACGACUCUGGCUAAGGUCGAGCCCAUUAUAGCAGACGCCUGCCUGAACGCUAAAGAACUUAAAGUAAAGCGCCGACGGGAGAGGAGGGAACUUGCGAAGAAUGGCCCAGCUAAAGUCGAUAUUGCCGCUUUGAAUCUUGACCAGAAGGCUUUCCUUGGCAUUGUUGAAAAUGCAAAAUGGAGCCAGGCAACUGUGGAGAUUGAGGGGUGUAUGGAGAGACUUUAUAAUCUCCAGCUACACCUACUUCUUGUGUUCCAAGUUGUGACGGUAGGGGUCAUGUCUACAGAUGUAUCGUCUGGAAAAGUGGAUGUGAAAAGCAUUAUUGCCUUUCAUGAUCGCAUCUAUCGCACCGCCGAGCUUGUCGGCAUCGAGCUCCCCAAGGGUCGAUCCAGAUACAAACGUUCUGUUUCAUCAAGUGAGAGCGAUAGCCUCUUCGAUUCAGACAGCAGUGAUAGCGACUCCUCUAGCAUGCAGUCUUUCAAGCGGCCAGACGGGACAAACAAAGCUGAAACGAAGGAGGCGUGUGCUACACGUCCUCUCCCGAGCCAGAUGCGAGGCGGACCUCCGCCUCCGCCUCCUGCAAAAUUGCCUUACAACAUACCACGUCUUACACCACAAUGGAACGUUCCAAGCACGGUAGUCCCGCCGCUCCCGCCCUCCCCUCCAACCGAGACUCUGGCAGGAAUAACAGUCAAUUCGUUAAAUCCUCCAUCGUACUCGGAAAGCAAACCUGUGGCACCGGCUAGCAGCUCGAUAACGUCUACGCUCCUAGGAACAGUGUCACAGAUAUCGAAUAUCCCCACUUCUGCCUCUGAGAAGUCAAAUGUCAGUCAAUCAUCCGAUUAUCCGGCGGAGAAGGAGGAACCAAAAGACACUCCUGCUACUAAGGACGACGAAGAAGACGUGGUGACUACGAAGGUGAAUCUCAAGCCUGCCGAUGGCACCGCCUACGGCCGGGGAGAAACAGCACCCGUUGCUCUCGAGCCUCGUCUCUUCAAGUCAAACACUAAUGGCCUUCGAUUCAAAUUCAAGAGCCUUUUCCGAAGCAACAAGUCUCUGGCCGAUGAAAUGAAGAAGGUCCUCGGUGACGCCGAUUCAGCUCUUCUCGCAGUUGUCAUUCACGCUGGCAAUCUGAGACAAGUCCCGCAUUCAGCUUUUCACUCACUAGAAGCAACUCAUAUGCGCACGAUCAUUUCUCAGAUCAACAGUCAAGAAUGGUACGAUACUUUCACCAAAAUGGAUUCCGUAGAGCAUGCAAUGCUUUCGAGUCUCCUACGCCCAUAUUGGGUUAAAGGGGAGAGAUAUGAGAGAGAGCUCGUUGUGCUCAAGGUCGUCCACGAGAGGAAACACGCUUGGGCAGUGGUACUUCGUGAUAUUCUCUCGAAGAUUCCUGUUAUUCAUACUAACAAUAGCCGCGUCCUGCUUGCAAUUGUACGGGAGAAACUGUUUGAUGGCAAACCAUGGCCUGUUUAUACUGCCCUGCCACUCGCUCCUCCCCCUCCACCACCGCCGCCUAUGACUUGUUCUUUGUUCCCGCCAUCGACUGUUGUACCGACUGUCAGGCCACCUCCGGGGCUUCCGUCUCCUCCUGUUAGAAGCACAAAGACUUCAGAUCUUCGCGCACCACCGAUGCCUCAGCCCCCCGUAGGUGGGGUUAUUCCUGCAUAUGGAAAUACAGCUCCUUCCCUAAGCAAGCAUGAUCUACCGCUAGGCACGGGUAUUGAAUCUAUACGAAUCAGCGAUACAACACCUUUGACCGAUUACGACGCAACGCUCGCUUUAACAACCUACGUUGAAUAUACACUCCGCGUGACUGAUUCUCUCAAUCCAACUCUUGCGCGGUCUUGGUCCCGCGUUACCGUUACUCAGGAAAGCGCAGAGCGCCAGCUCAUUAUUCAACGAAUGCAGACGUUCCAGCGCGCCGGAGGCAAUGUUCUCGAGGUUAGCCUCCGUCUGACCGAGCAGCAAAGCAGCCAAGUCACUCGUCUAAUGGACGAACUUAAGGCAGGCGAACGGGAUGCAAGAUUCGAAUGGUGCUGGGUUGAACUCAGUCUCUACAAUGGCUUAGGCGAAAUCACAGACUUCACCUCGAACGGGGGGUUCCCGAAGGUCGCAGCGGCCACAAUGAUGCAUCUGAUCGCCAAACGCAUGCCGAAAGCACAUUGCAAGCCGAUGGAUCUGUAUAAUUCGCUCAUGCGGCCUCCUCCCCCACCAGUGCCAGUUGUAAACCAGGCGCCAAUCCAGAUUUUCGAGGUUCCGCCGCGCCCAAGAAGCCGGUCUAGGAGCCGCCGACGCAGAGAUGACUUCUACAGCACUGAUAGCAGCUUUAGAAGUAGCAUUUCGAGCGAUGACAGCAGCGUCGGGUAUGUGAGAAGAAAGUUGAGGAAAAACAAAGUCAGGAAGAUGGAUAAGGCGAGGUGGAGAGGGUCUGAUUAUUCUAGCGAUUCGGAGGACGAAAGCAACGAUGGGGAUGUUAUCAAGAUCAACUUGGAGCUGAAAAGAGGUGAUGAUGUGGUUCAGUCACUGUUGAAUCUCUGGACGCCUCAGAUUGAAGGAAGGGGGAAGGGAAAGGAGAAGGCAAAGGUGCGGAAGACUGCCUUUGGGAUGAUUGGUUAG